AUGAGCAAGGAAUCACAGGAACAGAGGAGGGAUAGUAGAAGGGUAGAGAUAAAAGAACUUCGCAAUGUGAAGACACAUAAGGAUUCUAGGAAAGAGCGUAGGCUUGUCUUGGUUGGAGCCGGCUAUGCCCAUCUACAAGUAGUUCGACUACUUUCGGCGUCCAAAGACAAAGUUGGAUUCUCCAACAUCACUCUAAUUGAUGUCCAAAAGUAUGCGAGGUAUCGUGGUAUGGUUCCUGGUUACUUGUCGGGCUGUUAUGAAAAUUAUCAAGACGCUUCCAUCGAUUUGGAACAAAUAUGUAGUCAGCCGGGUUGCACCUUUGUGAAUGACGGCGUCAUCGAUGUCGAUCUAAAGAACAGGAUGGUACACUUGACGGACGAUUCCACUCGAAUCUCGUACGAUGUCCUGAGCUUUGAUAUUGGCAGCACCACAAAAUCUCUAGACGAUAUUCCAGGAGCAUUUGAAUACACCAUACCAACUAAACCGGUUCAGGAACUUCUUUCACGGAUAGAAGGCAUCGAGACCGAGUUCCGGCAGAGUCCCAACUUGGAGAAGCACGAGCUGCGAAUGGUGAUUAUUGGCGGUGACGUCAGUGCAGUGGAGCUUGCUUUGAGUCUUGUGACGAGGUGGAGGCCGUUCCUAAAAGAUAGACUACAACUGACGUUGGUGACGGCUGACGAAUCUCUGGUUACCGCUGCAACGGCGCGGAUACGACACCAGUGCAUACAGGAGAAACUUGUUGAAAGGGGGAUCUCGAUACGCUUUCGGGAAAUUGUAAAAGAAGUCGACCAGAACUUUUUAAAGUUGGAAUCAGGCUUACUCAUUCCAUUCACAUAUUGCAUCUGGGCGACCGGUGCGGCUUGUCAUGAUCUUGCCCCAACUCUACAAGACCGAGGCCUGGCGGUUUCUGCUAAUGGCUGGAUCGAAAUCAACAAUUCCCUUCAAAGUGUGUCACAUCCAAAUGUAUUUGCCGCUGGAGAUUGCUGCCAGUCAUGCUCUCUUGACGUUCCAAAAUCUGGGGUAUUCUCCAUUCAAGAAGGCCCAGUUCUAGCGCGCAAUCUAAAACUCUUCAAUGCCUCGCGAAAGACGUCAUCGACUGCCGAGGUGCACAGCAGUCACAAUUUGGAGCAGUUUCAUCCAGACAUUCAUGGCGGGUUUCAGUUUCUCGAAUGUGGCGACGGGACAGGUAAGGCGGCAAGCAGGCUUUGGAUGGCAUUCACGCUCACAUGGAUUGAAAAUGAACAAUUGACUAAUACAGUUUGCUCUGUUUGCAUUCAUUCGGACUGUCUGUCGGCUGUAGCAAUGGGAUUCACCUCUGAACUCUUCAUUCACGGUAAGUGGGUACAGGCAAUCAAAAUGGCAAUGGACCGGGAAUUUGUGGUUUGGUUUGAUCAUGGGCAACAACAACGUCCUGGGUGGGAUUCGAGUCACAUUUCCAUCAAUGAUCAUGUGUUUGCUGAAGUGGGAUCCAUGAUGAGUCCUGUCGAAGGUGCUGCCCUGCUGGAAUUCAUCACAGUCGACAACUACCGCCAGGCAUGGUGGUUGCUGAAGCGCAUGGCCCUUGACCCGCACUAUCGCACAAAGGUGCUGGAAGAAUACGCCAACACCGUGGAAAUGCCCACACCAGAGCAUUUUGGAUUUGACAUGGCGGCGGCGGCAUCAUCAAAAGACGACCAAGUUGACAAGAGGACGAAGGUGAAAGACCAGCAAUUGGGAAAGGCGUCACCUGGCAUGGCCACAGCACCACAAGCCUCCUGUGCGUAG